AUGACCAUCAAAACCAUCUAUAUUGCUAGACAUGGGUAUCGAUCAAACUGGCUUCCUCAUGGUCCUUAUCCCCCACCACCGACUGGUGUUAAUAGCGACGUUCCCCUUGCUGAGCAUGGGUUGAAACAAGCAAAAGAGCUUGCUCAUUAUAUAAUGUCAAUCGAAAACCAACCCGAAAUGAUAUUCUCAUCUCCAUUUUAUCGUUGCCUGCAGACGGCGGAGCCAAUAAGCGAUCUUCUACAAUUGCCAAUCAACUUAGAAAGAGGGAUUGGAGAAUGGUAUAAACCAGAUAGGGAUAUCAUACCUGAACCAGCAUCUUUUGAUGUGUUAAACAACUUCUUUUACGGAAAGCUAAGGGAGGAAUGGAGUUCAACUGUCAUCCCCAGCAGUGCAGGAGAAACUGAGGAACAGAUAUUUGAGCGUUGCAAAAAAUUCUGGCCCCUCUUCAUCGAAAAAGUUGAAAAAUCAUGUCCCAAUAUUGAAACUAUACUUUUAGUGACUCACGCGGCAACUAAGAUUGCUCUCGGGAUGAAUCUUCUAGGGUUUGAUAACUGCCGAGAGCCUAUCGACGAUGAGGGAAAUAUAAUCAGGAGCGGCAGUUGUUCUCUGGACAAAUAUGACCUGAUCAGCAAUGAAGAGGAGGAGUAUGGCGAGAUUCCCUUCUCUCAGAGGCAUUGGAAAAUCACGAUGAAUGGAAAUACCGAAUUCUUGACGCAAGGUGAAGAGAUGCAUUGGGACUUCAAGUAUGGAUUUGAAGCAGGCUCGGAUGCCGAUAUAAAAGCAAGACAGGCGGCUGCUGCCCUCAAAAAUGGUGACCUUUCUGGAGAAACCGCCUCGAAGAUGGCUCCUGUAGUUGCAAACAAAGCAGAUGACACUGAAUAUGAGCAUGUUUAUGUGAGUAUGGACCUUCCCAGUGAGCAUCACAAGAAAAAGGCAGAAAUUGAGCCAACUGCAACUUUUCAGUAUUCCGGACUUGAUACAAAGGCGCCUCUCGUCAAAGUGGGUGAUAAAGUUUAUGAAGGUACUUGGAAGAAAUUAAUUGGUACUGAGUUGGCCUUUCCAAAUGCGGCCACAGUAAAGAAAGUUAAUCAUGAGAGUCAAGAUGGAGUGGAUGUUGAAAUUGACAAAGUACAGGAAAAUGAGGAAGAGCCCGCGCCAGAAAAGAUUUAUAGAAUUACAGAUCGCCUGGUUCUUAACAAUGUUAGACCAAUGUAA